UUGUCGGCCUUGCUUGAGCUGCUGACGCAUUCCGUGUCGGCUGGAGGGUGUCCCUCUGUCCGCCCGGAGCGCUGCAGCCCGAUGGAUGUUUCGGCCGAAGGCGCGACGGCGCACGGGGCCGAGACCGCCGUCUCGCCUCGCGCUACUGCAGCGUUUCUGCUUCGCUGCGCGCGCGCGCCCGACCGCUUCUUCUACCCGUGCAACGCCAAGGCGCGCGAGCCGCGGGACUGCUCGUACCGGCUGCUGAGAGCCGGCGGAGCAGGGCCGGUGACCGUAUUUGUGGCGGAGUGCGCCUACGGCGAGGGCGGCACUGGGUGGCGCGUCUGGCCGUGCGCACUGCUCCUCUCCUGCUGGCUCGCCGCAAAUCACGCGGCGCUCCCUCUCGCCGGCUCUCGCGCCAUCGAGCUCGGCUGCGGGCUCGGGCUGCCGGCGCUGACGGCAGCCAGCCUCGGCGCCGGCGACGUGCGCAUCACCGACUGCCUUCCCAAGCUGCUGCGCACCGUCCGCCGCAGCGCCGCCCGCGCCGCGCGGCCGCACCUCGUCGCGGCGGCGCUGCUCGACUGGGACCACGUGGCGGCGCCCGACGAGGCCGAGGUGUACUCAACGGAGCAAGGCGUCAAGGCGGCGCAGCGGAAGGAGGCCGGGCCGGGCGGCGGCGGCGGCGAGGAUGCGUGCGGCGUCGCGCCUCUCCCCGCCGGCGACCGCUUCGACCUCCUCCUCGCCUCGGACGUGGUCUACUCCCUCUCGCACGCGAGGCGAUUGCCCGCCGUGCUGGAGCGGGCGGCCGCGCCGAGUCGCGCGCUCGCCUGCCUGAUGGUGCCUGUCCGCUCGGAGGCGCACACGCGCCGCUUCCUGGACGAGCUUGCGGCGGUAGGCUUCCGCGUCAGGCUCGCGCGCGUCUCUGCCCGCUGGGUGGAGGCGGUGGUGGCGGUCCAGCUGGAGCGGGAGGGGGAGGGGGAGGGGGAGGGCGGCUGGUCGGAGUGCGCCGCCGCCAGCGGGAGGCCCUUUUACCACCACCGCGCCAGUGGCCGCUCGGUGUGGCACCGUCCCGCGGAGAUGGACUACGCAGCCCUGCUGGCGCGCGCGCAGCCAGACACGCGCGCCGACGAGGUAUACCGGGCGGAUACGCGCCUCACAGAGGGCGAGAUCCUCUUCGUCGAGGCAGCAAGGGGAGAGCCACCGCUUGUCCCUGCCGACACCGGUUAA